AUGCGAAUCGGUACAAAACAGGCUAACAUUAUGGUAGAAACUAAACAUGAAAAUUCUGUGAAAGUUUCGACUGGUAUCCAAGCUACACAAGAAUUAACAAAUAACAGCACAAAUACGGAGAAAACUGAACAAGAUGAAACAGAAAGUUUACCAAAGCUUCAACUUUCAAGUAACAGAUCUAAACAGUAUUCAGAGCGAAAUAAAUUACGUCAGAUAUCACCUCCUCAUGAGUCUGCGAAAUUUACAAAUCCUGAUUUAGACAGUUCUGGUACAUUACCUGAUUCCAUAGAAUCCAGAGUGCAAGCACUCAAACAAGCUAAUCAGUAUUUAAGGAUGGAAGUGGAGAACGCAUGUAAAAUGAUCAAUUCAAGUGUUUUAAAUAGGAAUACAAUGGAAGAUGAAUUUCUAUCUAUGCCAAAAGUAAAGUAUUCCAAUUUAAUUCAGUUUGAUAUUGGAGAUCAUAAACACAAAGUUGAAUUUCUCAAUGAACCUGAUCACUACAUAAAGUAUGCAGAUGAAAGUUUGAUCGAGCAAGAAUCAAAAACUAUUUGGCUUGAACAAGCUGAAUCUGUAAGAUGUGAAUUUAAAAUGGUUGAUCAUAUGCAGUUCUACAAACCCUUUGAUUUAAUGUGCAAUCCUUUAUCUUUUUUUAACCCUAUAUCUUAA